AUGUCCCUCUCGCGCGUCCCGGUGGAGCUAUUGCAGCUGAUUCUGGCCUUUGCGCUGGACGGAAACUCUCAGCCAUCUGAUCUGCUUCGCGUAAGCAGUACCUUCCUCGAGCUUGGACAACUCAUCUUGCACGCGCGGCUCCGGUUCCGAUCUAUUCACCAGCUUAUCCUCUUCUCGGAAGGCCCAUCAACGCUCGCGUGCGCCCCCAGGUCACUUUCUAUCACGCUAGCAGGCGGGUCGGCCGACUUUGAGGUCUUCAAGCACCUCGCCGCCGCCCUCGAGCGCUGCAGGAACACACUGCGCUCGUUUGAUAAGCUUCGCGGGAACACGUCGGGGGACGCCGAGAUCACGCAAGUCCCGCUUGAACUGUUAUCCCUGCGAUUACACUCGCACAUGAAUAAUCCGCACCUGGGCUAUAUAUUCGAGGCGCUUUCGCUCGCAAAUCCGAAGACAUUCGUAUGGAUGGGCCCUGAUCCCGAGCACCACUUCUCAACGGCCAUCGUGCCCACGGCAACAUCCCACCUCAUCCGCGCACUCAGCACGUGGACCGCCGUCCAGCACAUCACGCUCACGAACCUCUCCUUCCCAUCGGAUGCGCUUGGGCUCAACACACCCUUCGCUUACGACGCGCCGCUUCUCCCCGCACUACCCUCGCUCCGCACGCUCUACAUCGGCCAGGCAACGCUCCUUCCACCCACGGCCGUCGCGGCGAUGUUGGCGCGUCCAGGUCAAGACGCCCUUGCGCAAGUGCGUCUCGUAGACGCGUACCCUCUGAGCAUCUGGGGCGCGCGGAUUCGCCGCCGCGAUGUCGAAGACGGGGUGGCCUCGCUGCCGGGCCUGACGGAGGCGCAGCGCGUAGCGGUAGCGGAACGUGUGCGGCGCAUCGUUAGCUGCGAGAAGAAGACGGGGCGUCUUGCGGGUGGCGACGACGACGACGCGGAGGGCGUCCUGAACUAGCUGCGCUCGUGCGGUGUGUCGUCCCGCUCUGCAUUUACGGGGCUCCGGAGAGCAAGAGUUUAGCGAACGCGUCUGCGAAGAGGGAGAAGACGCCGGUAGCUAUCUUUGGCCCUUUGAGGUCCGGUGAAAUUUGCCUAGUAUUGAGUGGUGUUCACAGUUGAGCCGAGAAAACAAUGAAGUCUCCUAUUCUAGGAUUGCC